GCUACUACACAGCUCUGAAAUUCUUUGUGCUUCACAGGUGUUUCAUUCAUUUUUGCUGUACAUUAUCUUUCAUCCUUGCUUUAAGCUGGCUCCUUCCCACAUCCUAUCUUUACCCCAGUCAAACCUUGGCAUUCACAAAACCUACAAAACCUGAUUGUCAGCAUGUUGUUUCAGGUCUGCAUCCAAAUGAAAAACUUGUAGAUAAGUUUUAGGCUAAUUUUCCAAAUAUCUGGGUAGCAUGCUGUGUGAUUCAGCAGAAAUAAUAAUUUUGGUGCAUAUGUAAUGUAAAUAUUUUCCUUAUUUUUACAUGAAGAACCAGACUUUUAAAAUUACAUGCCUAAAAUAAUCUGGCAGAUCAGUGUGAAAGCUCAGAUGAGGAGCUGUUUCUCCAGGCACAGAGGCUUUGUACCACAGAGCAUUCACUAGUUAUUAACAUUGUAUAGAUCUUUUAUUUGAUUCAUAAAUCUCAAAGCAUGGGGUAAGGCUAUUCAGUUAUUUUUAGCAAGCAAUGUACUAUCACAGAAAUCUUGUAAAUCAAUUAGAAGUUUGACGUAACCCUCUGUGUUUUAUUUGCAGUUACAAUACAGAGCUGUAGGAGAAAAUAAAGGCAGAGGAAAAGAAUUGCGUAAGGAAUUAUUUACAGCUUUAUCACUUACAAGCUUUUUACCUAAAUAUAAUAGUAGUUCUUGUAGCUACAACACUAGUGCCUCGAGAAGGAAUAAUUAGCAGAGCUAGUCAUCAGCAAAUGAAUAGCCUUGCACAAAUACUAAGCCCACAUUAUUUGCUUUUGCUCACAGAGUCUGGCAUCCUUGGGUCUCAGUGUGCCUGACUGAACCAGAGGAGGGGGAGGGCAGCAGGCCCGUGUGGUUGCUGGCUGACAUUGGUUUUGGGAGGUUCUGUUUCCCCACAUCAGUUUCUCUGGACUUCCAGAGAAACGCCACCAGCUUAUGGCAGCAGAGUUGGCCACACAACCACUGGGCACUGUUUAAUUAUGGAGUAUCACUAGCAGAAGCAGCCACUAUAAAAUUUUAUCAUGUCUUUGCAUGAGACAGGGGCUCCAUGACUUAGGAGACAGGAACAGGGAUGGCCAACUCCACAAGUGAUCCAGAGACAGGCAAAGACAUGGAAGAUCUGACAGAAGGCUUGGAGGAACUCUGUGAGAGUUCUAAGGAGCAGAGUGAGGACAUGCUGUUGCUUUCACACCUAGAGCAGCAUCAUCAUCUUGUCUCUAUACUGAGGAAGAAAGUGGAUGACACAUAUGAACACUGCAGAGACCUGGAGCAGCUUAACAUGGAGCUGGAGAAACUGAGGGCAGAGGAUGCUGUGAAAAUUAUUCAGUAUUUGGAGGGGCGCUUCAUGGAUCUGGUCAAAAACCAUGAAAAGAUGAUCCAGUUCAAAUAUGAACCCAAAAACUGGCACAUGCAGCUGUGGGAGGAGAACACACUGUGGCAGGACAGGGAAGCACUCCUCAGCCAGGCUGUGAGGGAGAAGGAAGCUGAAGUGCUCUGGCAGGUGGCCCAGGCCAGGCAGCUCUCACAGCAGUUGUGCUCCUUUCAGGAGAAAUACACUUAUGAGAGUCACAGAGCCCAGGAGCGAGAGAAGGAGCUGCUGGAAGCCCAGAGCCAGCAAGCAGGCACCUAUGCCUGGGAGGUGGAUUCACUGAAGAAGCAGCUGCAGCUCCUACAGGAGAGGCACCAGCAAGCUGCUGCAAGGGCUGAGCAGGCAGAGAGCACGCAGAGGGCUCAGGACAGUGAGCUGCAGGCCAAGCUGGAAAGGGCACGUGAAGAGAAAGAGCAGCUAUUGAACCUGGCCAUGGAGAGGAGCAAAGCUCUGCAAGAUAAGGAACGGGAGAUUCAGAAGCUGGAGAAGUUAGAGACUGUGGAAGAAGCUAUGCAGAGAGAAGGGAGAUGCCUCAAGAAAAAGGCAGCACUAGACAAAGAUCUGAAGGUUCAAGAGCUCCAAGGACAGCUAGAACAUAGCAAGCAGGCAUACAAUGAACUCUUGCUGCAGUUCGAUGCUUACAGAAAGCACAGUAUGGAUUUGGUGACUAAAGAGAGAGCUCUGAAUGUCAAACUCCGUCACUUUGUUACAUAACUGCAUUUUUUUCUCUCCGUUCUCGUCUCAACAGGUGCCUCUAUGGUAACACACUCCUGAAUUUUGUUCCUUUCCUUUGGUUUCUAUAUACCAUCCUCAUCAGUUUAAACCCUCCUCCACUGACAGUUCUGUAGCCUUUCUGUCAUUACACUUUUAUGAAAGUAAAUCACUAUGCUCUUAAAUCUGAGCAUGGAUCAUUGAACCAAUCAAACCUGUGACAUGAAUGAUUAGGGUGGAAAACAUAAAAUAUGACUUUGAUUUAUUUAGUGCUAACCUCUGCUGAAUCAUAGGUUUUCAUUUUUUUUAUUGUUAAAACCACUUUAUUUUUCAAGAUGACCAAAAGCUCAAACUCUUAGCCUUUUGUAUUUGAUUCUGCUUUGAAGUUCAACAGAGGCUGGGCAUGUAAGAGGCUCUGAGACUCCAAGAAAGAAAUUCUACCUUGCAAUAUCUCUGCAAUUCUCUAAAUUCAGGAACUUAACAAGUAAUCCAAUAAUCUCAUACAACAACUGAUUCUCAAGCAAAUUACUGUUUAUCAUUUUCUAGAAGUUUUACAGAUUCUGUAGUCAUUUAAACCCUAUUUAAUGCUAUAUAUCCCCAUUCAGCUCAGAAUAAAUUGUCAAGUCUUUUGGGUGAUAUCAAUGUGUUCUUUGGAACAGGA